AUGAGUGCCCUUUACAACUCUGCUUUGAGGCAAGCCAAGGCUAUCAAGGCUGACUUAGAGACCUUUUCUUCUGCCAACGCUUCAAGUCCCGCACUGCAGGGCCAGCUUACCACAUCGAUUACCUCCUUCGCGCGCACUCUCGACGAUUAUCAGAAGAACGUCGACGUCGAGCUGGUACCUGAGAAGGCAGAGAAGGGCAAGGAGCGCAUAGCUAACUUCCGGUCCGACCUACUGGACUUCCGAAGCAGGUUUGCAGAACUCAAGCACGAGAGGGAGCAAUCAAAACAUGCAGAGGAUCGGUCAGAACUUCUGGGAGGAAGAUCUCACACCACGCAGACGCCCGAGAACCCGUAUGCGGAUUCAGCUGUGUCAAGCGGAGCAGGACGCGGCGAGAAUGUAAACCCGCUGUUCCGGACGAACAACCCGAACUUCCAGCCUGGUGCUAGCGGAGUGAAUGCGUACAGUUCUUAUCAGUCACCCUACGGUCUGGGCGCCGACGAACAACGAGAAAGCCACGCGCUGCGCGAGCAAUCUUUUCUGGGCACAGCGAACCAGACUCUCGACGAGUACCUCGAACGAGGACGGGCCGUAUUGGGCGACUUGGGCGAUCAGCGCGACAUACUGAAAGGCACGCAGAAGAAGCUAUAUAACAUUGGUAACACGCUCGGUAUCAGUGGUGACACGAUACGUAUGGUGGAGCGGAGAGCUAAGCAAGACAAAUGGAUAUUUUGGGGCGGCGUUGUCGUCUUCGUUGUGUUCGUAUAUCUAGUGCUGAGGUGGCUCAGAUGA